UUGGUGUUGUGUACCUCCAUUUUGUUUAAUAGUGGACAAUAAUAUCUUGUAUUGCUGGAGCACCACGUAUAUAUUGAUCAUAUGGUUGGAGUAUUGAGCCGUUGUGGUAAUUUUUGAAUUAAUUCGGACUUUCACCAUUACAAGUAGGUGUCUUUUAUUUACUGACAUAUCCUGGGCCGUGUUCUUUUAAUCUAUACAAGUUGUAAUGGGUUCCAGUACCAAAAACAAAAAGGAAAAGGAGAAAGAGGCAUCCCGAAAACGGCGGCAUCGCAGUCCAGUAGAAGAGGAACAUGGGUCUUUUCGUGAUAAGAGACAUAAACGUAAACACAAACAUCAUAAAGAGAAAAAAAGGGAAAGAUCAAGUAAACAGGAUUAUGAAAGCGAUGAUUCUGAUGUUGUUGAGAUUAUACCAAUAUCUGAUGAACCACGUCGAGAAUCUAAAGAAUCUACUCGCGAUGUUGGCAGUCAUAAAACUACAAAAGAAUUAUCUACAGGUCAGGGUGCAGAUAGCUUGUCAAUUGAGGAAACAAAUCAACUCAGAGCCACUUUAGGUCUUAAACCUUUAGAGGUCGGAACUACUACAAGUUCCAAGUCAAAGAAUGAUGGCAAAAUAAAGGAUGACUUGGGUGAAUUUUAUCAUAAGCCUGCUGAAAACUGGGCAGCUAAAGCUGAACAAGAAAAGUUACGAGCAAAGUUAGCAGAGCACAAAGAGAAACGCCUCCAGCAAACAAAGCUAUCUAAAGUGAAAACUUUAGGUGAAAGUGAUAGUGAGGAUGAUGUUAGUAAAUGGGUUGACAAAAACAGAAAAAUUGAAACUGCAAAAAAGGAAGCAGAAAAACGAGCUAAAAUGCUUGAAGAACUAGAUGCGCAAUUUGGAAUAAGUGAAAUUGUUGAAACAGAACAACGGGAAAGGAAACAGACUCAGUAUACCAACAAAGAUUUGAAAGGUUUGAGAGUUGAACAUGAUGUGGAUAGUUUUGCAGAUGAAAGAGAUGUAAUUUUAACAUUGAAAGACAAGGGUGUAUUAGAAGAUGAAGAAGAUAUAUUAAUGAAUGUAAAUAUGGUUGAAAAUGAAAAGUAUAAAAAAAAUGUUGAUCUAAAGAAAAAGAAAAUUCUGUACAAUCCAUAUGAAGAUCAACAGUAUGAUGAGUUUGGUAAUCUAAAAGAAAAAUCUCUGUUAUCUAAAUAUGAUGAAGAAAUUGAUGGUGAAAAGAGAGAUAGUUUCAGAAUUGGAGUGGAUAAUGUUGUUGCAAAAAAACAAGCCAUACAAAACUCAAUUAAAGAGAAACUCACUAAGACAAAGCUGGAAAGCAUUGGGGAAACUUAUAUGAAACCAAUGUCUGAGUAUUAUAAUGAGGAAGAAUUGACAAAAUUUAAGAAACCAAAGAAAAAAGUCAGAAAAAUUAGGAGCAAGGGCAAAUUAACAGCUGAAGAAUUGUUGCCUCCCCAACAUACUGGUAUAGAAGCUAUAGGGUCCAGAAGAACAAAGUAUAGGACACCAACUGAUGAACCUGAUAUAAGUAUUGAUGACACACCUGCCAUAAAUAUCCCAGUGAAUAUAAAAAUUGAAGAUGAUAAAGAUGACAUUCUGGAAAAAGCAUUACAUAAAGCUAGAAAAAUUAGACAGAAGCAAAGUGUUAGAGCUGACUUUUUGAAAACAGAAAUCAAAGAAGAAGCAGAGGAAGAAGUUGUAGAUAGUGGGAACAUAGUUCUGAAUGCGACAGCAGAAUUUUGUAGAACGUUGGGUGAUAUACCUACAUAUGGCAAAUCAGGAAACAGAGAUGAAGAUGAGGAUAUGGUAGACUUUGAAAAGGAGUUAACAGAUGAUAAAAGUGAUGACGAGUGUGAAAUUAUUGAACCUUCAGGUUGGAAUUCAAUUGAUCCUACAAAUCAGGGCAUUGAUUCUAGCCAAAUUAUUUCCCAAGAGAUCCCUAUUUUGGACGAGGAACCUGAUGUUAGUACUGGAGUAGGCGCUGCAUUGAAAUUAGCCAUGAGCAAAGGAUAUCUAGAUAAGGAAGAAUCAAAUCGACCAAGUAAUUCACGGUUGGCUCAUUUACAAGCCCAACAUUAUUCCAUAGAAGAUAAAACUUAUGGUGAAGACAAUGAAAGAGGACGAGGUAGGGAAAGGUAUUCAGGGCCCAUUAUGGACUUUAGGGAGAAAGAUGGGUUUAAGCCUAAUGUUAAGCUUGAAUAUAUUGAUGAUGAAGGGCACAUUUUGAACUCCAAGGAAGCUUUUCGAUAUUUAUCACACAAAUUUCAUGGAAAAGGACCAGGUAAAAAUAAAAUAGAAAAGAGAAUAAAGAAAAAUGUGCAAGAACAGUUGAUGAAGAAAAUGAGUUCUACUGAUACUCCCUUGGGUACUUUAAAUAUGCUUCAGGCUAAGCAAAAAGAGACACAAUCGCCCUUCGUUGUAUUGUCUGGAAGUAAGCAUCAACAGUCUGCCGUUAUAUCCAAAACUAAAGGUUAAGUUGAUUGUGAAAUAUGUCUUACAUAUUUGUAUUCAAAUUGUUAAUAUAGUAUUCCACAUUCUGUUUAUUUUAAUACCUAUAACUCUUUACCACUACAAAAAAAUGUACAUUGAGCUGUUAUUCACAGAUUGUUUAA